AUGAUGCCUGAGCGUGCUAUUCCCACUUUCCAUCAACCCGCCCCAUUCUCUCGCUUUCCAUCACCUCGCCCCAUUCUCUCGCUUUCCAUCACCCCGCCCCAUUAUCCCGCUUUCCAUCACCCCGCCCCAUUCUACCUAUUUCCAUCACCCCGCCCUAUUCUCCCUCUUUCCAUCACCCAACCCAUUUCUCCCUCUUUCCAUCAUCGCGCCCCAUUCUCCCACUUUCCAUUACCCCACCCUAUUCUUCCUCUUUCCAUCACCCCGCACCGUUCUCCCGCUUUCCAUCACCCCGCCCCGUUCUCCCGCUUUCCAUCAUCCCGCCCCGUUCUCCCGCUUUCCAUCACCCUGCCCCGUUCUCCCACUUUCCAUCCCGUUCUCCCGCUUUCCAUCACCCCGCCCCGUUCUCCCGCUUUCCAUCACCCCGCCCCAUUCUCCCGCUUUCCAUCACCCCGCCCCGAUCUCCCGCUUUCCAUCACCCUGCCCCAUUCUCCCUCUUUCCAUCACCCCGCCCUGUUCUCCCGCUUUCCAUCACCCAGCCCCAUUCUCCCGCUUUCCACCACCCCGCCCCCUUCUCCCUCUUUCUAUCACCCCGCCACAUUCUCCCUCUUUCCAUCACCCUGCCCCAUUCUCCCGCUUUCCAUCACCCCGCCCCAUUCUCCCGCUUUCCAUCACCCCGCCCCAUUCACCCGCUUUCCAUCACCCCACCCCAUUCUCCCGCUUUCCAUCACUCCGCCCCAUUCUCCCGCUUUCCAUCACCCCGCCCCAUUCUCCCGCUUUCCAUCACCCAGCCCCAUUCACCUGCUUUCCAUCACCCAGCCCCAUUCUCCCGCUUUCCAUCACCCAGCCCCAUUCUCCCUCUUUCCAUCACCCCGCCCCAUUCUCCCUCUUUCCAUCACCCCGCCACAUUCUCCCUCUUUCAAUCGCCCCGCCCCAUUCUCCCGCUUUCCAUCGCCCCGCCCCAUUCUCCAGUUUUCCAUCGCCCCGCCCCAUUCUCCCGCAUUCCAUCGCCCCGCCCCAUUCUCCCGCUUUCCAUCACCCCGCUCCAUUCUCCCGCUUUCCAUCACCCGCCCCAUUCUCCCGCACUCCAUCACCCCGCCCCAUUCUCCCUCUUUCCAUCACCCCGCCCCAUUUUCCCGCUUUCCAUCACCCCACCACAUUCUCCCACUUUCCAUCACCCCGCCCCAUUCUCCCGCUUUCCAUCACCCCGACCCAUUCUCCCGCUUUCCAUCACCCCGCCCCAUUCUCCCGCUUUCCAUCACCCCGCCCUAUUCUCCUGCUUUCCAUCACCGCGCCCCGUUCUCCCGCUUUCCAUCACCCCGCCCCAUUCUCCUGCUUUCCAUCACCCGCCCCAUUCUCCCGCUUUCUAUCACCCCGCCCCGUUCUCCCGCUUUUCAUCACCCCGCCCCAUUCUCCCGCUUUCCAUCACCCCACCCUGUUCUCCCUCUUUCCAUCACCCCGCCCCAUUCUCCCACUUUCCAUUACCCUCCCCCAUUCUCCCUCUUUCCAUUGCCCCACCCCAUUCUCCCUCUUUCCAUCAUUCCGCCCCUUUCUCCCGCUUUCAGCCGAUGA